AUGGGCGCUGUCGCGGCGCGUCCAGCCGCAGUGCGCGCUGCUCAGCGCGGCACAGCAGCCCCUCUGCGGGCGCGUGCGUUCGCUUCGGGCGCCGCCAGCGCUCCGCUGGACAUUCCUCCACGUGGGAUCGACCACCCCAUCACGUACCACCCCGACUUUCGAGUCAACCCGGUCCCAGAGGGGCACAGGUUCCCGAUGCCCAAGGACGAGAUGCUCUACCAGCGCCUGGUCGCUGAGGGCCUUGCGGGCCGCACUUUCACGCCGAGGCACGCAGACAGGGACACACUCGCCCUGGCGCACAGCCGCGAGUACGUGGACAAGGUGUUCGACGGCAAGCUCUCCGCCAAGGAGCAGCGCGCCCUCGGCCUCCCGUGGUGCCCGGACAUGGUCCGCCGCGCUACGAUCGGGGUCGGCAGCGCGGUGCUGGCCGCGCGCCUGGCGAUGCAGUUCGGCGUGGCGGCGAUGUGCAACGGGGGCACGCACCACGCGCACCGCGACCGCGGGGGCGGCUGGUGCGUGUUCAACGACCUCGCCGUCGCGGCCUGCGCCCUCCGGCGCGAUGCGGACGUCGACAGCAUUCUCUUCGUGGAUUGCGACGUGCACCGCGGGGACGGCACCGCGAGCAUUUUCGCAGACGCGCCGGACGUGUUUACUUUCUCCCUGCACUGCGCGGGCCAGAGCUUCCCCCCUCCGCCCGGAACGAAGCACGGCGCGCGAGGGGAGUGCUUAUACCCCCCCGGGGACCUCGACGUGGAGGUCCCGCGAGGCGUCGCUGACGACGAGUACGUCGCGACGCUGGAACGCUACCUCACACCGCUGCUCGAGGGGCAGUGGGGGCCGCGCAAGAGCACCGGCGGGGGCAGACCGCAGGUGGUGAUGUACAAUGCAGGGGUUGACGUGCACGAGGACGACUCGCUCGGCGCGGCCGCUCUGACGAUGGAUGGCAUCCGGGCGCGCGACGAGCUGGUGCUGGAGUCGUGCGCGAGGGCGGGCGUUCCCGUCGUCGCGGCGAUCGGGGGGGGUUACGCAGAGGACCAUGCGACCAUCGUGGACCGACACAUGCACCUGCACCGGGCGGCGCGGCGCGUGUACAACGAGUACUGGUUUGGCCGGACGCCUGGAGUAGCGGCGCGGGCACAGCAAGACUCCGCGGCGAAGUGA